AUGCAAAAAAUAAACAAAAACGCGAAAGUCCGCGGGUUAGUCGCGGCGGCGGAGCUGAGGUGUCUAAGCAAGCCGCGGUUCUCGAGCAGCAGCAGCAGCAGCAGCAGCAAGAGCAGCAGCGGCAGUGACGGCGGCUGCAGCAGCAGCAGCGGCGACAGCAACGGCAACUGCAGCAGCAGCAGCAACAGCAGUAGCAGCAAGGGUAGCAGCAACAUCACCAAGUGUAGCGGCGGCAGCAGCAGCAGCAGCAUCAGCAGCAGGAAGGCAGCUGCAACCGCACUAGCAGCAGCAGCAGCUGCGGAAGCAGCAGCAGCAGCAGCAGCAACCAUGGCCCUGUCAGCAGCAGUUGAGAAGAUCCACACUCUUCUUGCUGAAGAGGAAGAGCUCUUGCUGCAGCAGACUUCUGAUGACGCAGCAGCAGCAGCAGCAGCAGCAACACCUCCAGCUGCAGCCACCAGCCCCGUAGCUGCAGCAGCAGAAGACGCGAUCGCAGAAGCCGAAGCAGCAGCAACAGCAGCAGCAGCAGCAGCAGCAGCAGCAGACGCAAACACCGCAGCAGCAACAGCAACAGGAAGCGGAACCGCUGCAGCAUGGGCGUGCCCCUCUGCUGCUGCUUUUCUCAGUUGCUGCAGUCGCCGGCUUGAUGCAGCAGCAGCAGCAGCAGCAGCAGCAGCAGCAGCAGCAGCAGCAAACGAAAAUGAUGGGGAUCUAUCUUUUGUAGUGGGAAACAGCAGCGCAGAUCUUGAUUCGACUGUGUCUGCCAUUGGAUACGCCUUCUGUCUUGAGACCUGCCGCCUACUGCAGCAGAAGCAGCAGCAGCAGCAGCAGCAGCAGCAGCAGCAGCAGCAGCAGCAAAAUGAACUCCCAGCCUUUCUCCCCUUUGUUGACUGUCAACCGAGCGACCUUGAGAACAAGCUGCAGUUGCUGCAGCAGCAACAGCAGCAGCGGCAACAGCAGCAGCAGCAGCAGCUGCUGCAGCAGCAGCAGCAGCAGCUGCUGCAGCAGCAGCAGCAGCUAGGAGAGGGACUUACCAGCAUUAAGUUCUGUCUCGUUGAUCACAAUGACUUGGAAGGGGACAAGCAGCAGUGGCUGGAAGACGUAAUUAGCUGCAUAGACCACCACGAAGACAAGAAGCACAUUUUGGAAACCACAAAAAAGCGAAUAGCGGGUCCUCAAGUUGGCUCCUGCGCUUCUUUAAUUGCCCUCUGCACACCGUCGCAUGCAGCCCCGAACUCCGCGGCAUUCGCUGGAACGAAAGACUCUCACGCGCUGGCCUGGCUGGCCAAACCCUUGCAGUGGGGCCCCGAGAAAGUUCAGAAAGUCAAACGAGGGUUUGAGGCCCUCAGGUUUGACCCCGAGAGGCAGCUGGCCCUCGGUGUCCCGGCUUUGCUCAAAAGCGACUACAAGGCCUUUUCUUACCCCAAGUGCUCUAUGCCGGUAGAGCAGCAGCAACAGCAACACUUACCACCGCAACCACAGCAGCAGCAGCAGGAACAGCAGCAGCAGCAGCAGCAGCAGCAGCAGCAGCAGCAGCAGCAUGCAUGCGUUGUGGGGCUUGUUCAGACACGAGAAUCCAGCAGCAGCAGCAGCAGCAGCAGCAGCAACAGCAGCAGCAGCAGCAGCAAGAUCUGCGUGCUGCUUUCAGUGAGCCCCGCGACAGAGGACUGCAGCCGGCUUCGAAGGCAGUUGGCGAUCUUUGCUGUGGAGGCCGCAGCAGACAAAUUCGAGACGGCGCGGGACUUCUUGAGCUGCUGCGACAACAUAAGGCCAGGAGCGGAAGUGAAGGGGCCCCCGAGGGUCCUCUCAAACCCUAAAUUAGGGUUUACGAAUAUAAGCGACGACGCAGGACAGCAAAUGAGCAGCAGCAGCAGCAGCUGCUGCCCAUUUGCUGCAGCAGCAGCAGCUGCUACUGCUGCAGCAGCUGCAGCAGCAGCAGCAGAAGCAGCAACUGCUGCGGCGACAGCACCCACAGCUGCAGCAGAAACAGCAGCUGCCGCAGCAGCAGCAGCAACUGCUGCAGCAACAGCAUUUGCAGCAGCAGCCGCUGCAGCAGCAUAG